GCUGCUCGGCUCUGCUCACAGCUCCAGUGUCUCGGUGAGAGGAAGAACAGAGAACAGAGUAGAAGAUGUCCCGGGUGGAGCAGCUGUGGUGGAUGUGGGGCUUGUGCCUGCUGUGUGCGGCCGGCGGGGCUGGCGGGGCCGGCGGGGCCGCGCUCCUGCGGGCCCGCCUGCAGCGGGGCCCCGCCAGCCUCAACGACAUGUUCCGGGAGGUGGAGGAGCUGAUGGAGGACACGCAGCACAUACUGGCCGAGGCCGUGGAUCAGAUAACCACUGAGAGUGCAAGGUUCUCUUCAGGCUCGCUGGAUCUGCUUCCCAACUACCACAACAAGACCACAAAGACGAUAAAGAGCGGCGACAAAGUGACCCGGGUCCUGGAUAGAACUGACAAGGAGACAGACAACAGAACAGGUGACACUCAUCUGUCACACAUGCACAUGGAGAUGUCUGGCCAGUGGAACAGUGUCAAUCAUGAAUGUAUGGUGGAUGAGGACUGUGGCGAUCUGAAAUAUUGCCUGUAUGAGAUUGAGAACUCGAAGUGUCUCCCCUGCAUACCGACGGAUAUGCCGUGUGCCAAGGAUGAGGAGUGUUGCUCAGACCAGAUGUGCGUGUGGGGCCAGUGUACGCUCAACGCCACCAGUGGAACCGAGGGGACCAUCUGUCAGGGUCAGAGCGACUGCAGGCCAGGCCUCUGCUGCGCCUUCCAACGAGAAUUUUUGUUUCCGGUAUGCAACCCCAUGCCAGAGAAGGGGGAGUCAUGUCUGAGCCACCCCAACCUUCUGACGGACAUGCUGGCCUGGGACCAGGAGGGUCCCCGGGAUCACUGUCCAUGUGCAGACAAUCUCCAGUGCCAACCCCAUGGCCGGGGAUCUGUUUGUGCAGGGUAGUGCUGGAGGCAGGGAGCACAAGGGAGUUGCAUUAAGCUGAUCCAUAUAAAGGAUUCACUGAAGAACAAUCCACAUGAGGACCAUCAGUUUAUUAAGUACAGGAUGAUGCUUCAGGACAACAAUUGCACUCAUUACAUUAUUUAUGCCUUAAUACUAUUGUAUAUUGUAUAACAUAAUAAAAUAAAAGACUUGUUAUAGUUUUGAUUGAAAACC